AUCGAACAAUGUGUGAGCGGACGACUCCAUUGUUAAAGGUGGCGCUGUGUGUGUUCGGUAGGAAUCAAGAAUGAACUGAAAGAAGAAGAUAAACCGCUUCUGUCUGCUCGGGGGGACAAAAAGGUUUAGGAAUGCUACGGACCUGUGGAAACGUGGGAUUAUACACUUUACAAGACCUCCAGGUUUGGUCAGUGAGAGAGUAAAAAAGAAGAAUCCAUGAAAACUGAGAAUAUGAAGGACUCUCGGAGCGAAGCAGAAGGAGGGCCAUGUGAGGAAAACUCCAGCAGGCUAACAGAACCUUCCAGUACUAAAGACGAGUUGAAUGGGACCUAUAAAAGCACAGAACAAGGGAAAGAUCCGAAAGACCUUACUGCUCAAGAAUCUCCCAGCCAAUCACCCGCCAUGGAAAAUGGCCUCUCAGAGACUGACCUCCCACAUGGAUCAACUGUGGGCAGUAAUGGAUUUAUCCUUAGUAAGCACCAGGAAACAUUGGCUACCCAACACAGGACUAACUGGUCUCCUAAGUUGACCACACCCAUAGGGUAUGCUGCCAAAACUCUUCGUCCUGUAUCUACAUCCCAGAGCCAGGGAGCUUUAAGGACUAACACGAGCACAGGAUCUAGCUUGGCGGAUGGGCGACCAGAGAAGGAGACUACAAACGACGGCGCAUCGAACACUCCUCAACGUGUGACCGUACACAGAGCGCGCAAAACCAUGUCCAGACCGGCGUCCGGUCAAGCACUAAAGAUUUUAAACCGAGAAACUAAAGAGCUGAGCGUGGCGAAAGGUGAGAGCGGCGGCCGAACUGAAGCUCAACCGCCUGUACAGACCCCUCUUGCUCAGGACCAGCUACCUCAGAAGCAAACCGCCACCACACCGCCAGCUGUUACCGCACCGGCAACGACUGCCACGUCACCACCGGUCACCACACCGGUCACAACUGACACAACAGCCACCACCCAGGCAGCUGCCAGCACACCGCCAUCCCCCACCACAACGUCAGCGAUCAGCACGUCGACAGCAGCGGCCACGCCGACCAAGCCACACGCAGCAUUUGUGAAAAAGAAGAGGAGGAAGAUGGGCACGUACAGCCUCGUUCCUAAGAAGAAGCCCAAAGUGCUAAAGCAGCGGACAGUGCUGGAGAUGUUCCAGUGCAUCUCUGAGUCUCCAUCCAAGCCUCAGACAACGGUGCCAAAAACAGAAGAAUCUUUAAAUGAAGAAGGGAGAGACGCUACUUCUCCAACAUUCCAGGAGCAGCAGCUGAAAGAGGCUGCAGAGGCCAUGCAGGUAAAUGGAGAGCAGGAAGGAAAAGAGUCUGAGGAGUCGUCAAGUUCAGAGGAUUCAGACGGCGAGGAUCUGGCUGAUAAAAAUCUGGACGAAGCAUCUCAGGAGGACGACAGAGUAACAUCAGUUCCACAGCCUGGAGAAGAACAAGAAUCAGAAGAGUCAGGAGCAGAAGAAGAAGGUGGAGAAGAAUCAGACUUGGGUUCUGAGUCCAGCUUGAAGAAGAAGAUGAAAAAGAAAACCAAGGGAGACGGCCCCUGUGUUUGGCCGUACAAGAAACGCAAAAAGAAGCUGACGACCAAGUCGAUUGAAAUUUCAGAUCUGGCUACCCAGACACAGUUAGAGGAUCAGGGUCCAGCCCAAACUCCACCAGCUCCCUCUGCUGAACAGGACAAAGAGUACACCGAGGUGCCAUUAGAAUCACUCAACCUGAAGGCCCAGGAUGCUUUGCUGAACACAGACAACACAGAAGCAUCAGGCACAGCGGACACUUUAGAAGUAGACAUGGGGCAGGAGCUCCCCCUCUGUAGCUGCCGUAUAGAGACCCCCAAAAGCCGAGAAAUCCUCACGUUGGCCGAUAGAAAGUGCAUGGCCACCGAGAGUGUCGAUGGACAGCUGAGUCGGUGUCAGAGUGCAGUGCUGAAGCAUGAGAUGAUGAGGCCGUCGAACACCGUGCAGCUGUUGGUUCUAUGCGAGGAUCAUCGUACAGGAAUGAUCAAACACCAGUGCUGUCCGGGCUGCGGCUACUUCUGCAGGGCGGGAACGUUCAUGGAGUGCCAGCCAGAGAUCAACAUCUCCCACCGUUUCCAUCGACGCUGCGCAUCAGUCCUGAAGGGCCAAAGUUUCUGUCCACACUGUGGUGAGGAGCUCAGCAAAGCCAAGGAGGUCACCAUCGCCAAAGCUGACACUACCUCCACAGUGCCGCCAAGCCAGAGCUCCAGCGUUACGGGACUCUCAGAGGGCAAGGCUGACACUACGACUGAAGGUUUUAGGCCAUCUUGUCUCUCAGUACCUGCAGACAGUAAAGCAGACAGCACUUUACUUAGAACUCCUGAACCUGGGAAUGCAUUUGUAGUCACAGGAGUCAGCAGGCCAGGACCUGCGAGCACAGGACCUGGGGCUGGACUCACUCCAGCACCACCUAAGGAAACUCUGGAGACCAUCCUGUUGGCACUGGAUGCAGAGAAACCCAAGAAGCUUCGCUUUCAUCCAAAACAGCUUUACAUCUCAGCCAAGCAGGGCGAGCUACAGAAAGUCUUACUGAUGCUGGUGGAUGGGAUCGAUCCUAACUUUAAGAAUGAGAGCCAGAGCAAACGCACACCCCUCCAUGUAGCAGCUGAGGCGGGACAUCAGGAGAUCUGCCACAUGUUGGUCCAGGCCGGUGCUAACCUGGACAUUUGUGAUGAGGACCAGCGCACCCCUCUGAUGGAGGCCUGUGAGAACAACCAGCUGGAUACGGUGCGCUACCUACUGAGAGCUGGUGCCAUCGUCUCCCAUAAGGAUGCUGAGGGCUCUUCGUGUCUCCAUCUUGCUGCUAAGGCUGGACAUUUUGCAAUUGUAGAGCACCUGCUGUCUACAGCCGUUACAGACAUUAACUGUCAGGAUGAUGGUGGCUGGACAGCAAUGAUUUGGGCAACGGAGUACAAACAUGUAGAUCUAGUCAAGCUGCUGCUGUCUAAAGGUGCUGACGCCAACAUCAGAGACAAGGAGGAGAACAUUUGUUUGCACUGGGCAGCGUUCUCUGGCUGUGUGGAGAUUGCUGAUAUUUUGCUGAAUGCCAGAUGUGACCUCAAUGUGGUCAACGUGCAUGGAGACUCUCCACUGCACAUCGCAUCACGGGAGAACCGGUUAGAAUGUGUCACGUCGUUCUUGUUGCGAGGAGCAGAUGCAAAUUUGAAAAACCGGGAAGGAGACACCCCCCUGGAGUGCUGCAAUCAGGGAUCCAAGUUGUGGAACGCUCUACAUGCCAACAGGAAGCAGAGAGAGGCCAGAGGUGAACAGUCCUCUUCAGGAGAAAAGCUUCUCAACAGGGACAUAUCGCGGGGUUAUGAAAGAGUACCUGUGCCAUGUGUGAAUGGUGUGGACACUGAACCAUGCCCCAAUGACUACAAAUACGUGCCUGAUAACUGCGUCACCUCCCCCAUGAACAUUGAUAAAAACAUCACACACUUGCAGUAUUGUGUUUGUAAAGAAGACUGCUCCUCAGCCAGCUGUAUGUGCGGCCAGCUCAGUUUGCGCUGCUGGUAUGACAAGGAGAGUCGGCUGCUGCCGGAGUUCUGCUGCGAGGAGCCGCCUUUCAUCUUCGAGUGCAACCAUGCCUGCUCGUGCUGGAGGACCUGCAAAAACCGCGUCGUGCAAAAUGGGUUACGGAUUAGGUUGCAGCUCUUCAGGACUCAGAAGAUGGGCUGGGGAGUUCGGACCUUACAGGACAUCCCUCAAGGAACCUUUGUCUGCGAAUACGUGGGGGAAAUCAUCUCCGACGCAGAAGCAGAUGUCAGAGAAAAUGAUUCCUACCUGUUCAGCCUGGACAGCAAGGUCGGCGACAUGUACUGUAUAGAUGCCCGUUUCUAUGGCAACAUCAGCCGCUUCAUAAACCACCACUGCGAGCCGAACCUCUUCCCCUGCCGGGUGUUCACCUCCCACCAGGACCUGCGCUUCCCCCACAUCGCCUUCUUCGCCUGCAAGAACGUCAGCGCCGGCGACGAGCUGGGGUUUGACUACGGCGAACAUUUCUGGGACGUAAAGGGCAAACUUUUCAGCUGCCAGUGCGGCUCGUCUAAGUGUAAGCACUCGGCGGCGGCGAUCGCCCAGCGGCAGGCGGACAGCACACCGGGGGAGCAGCACGUCAGCGCCGUGCCGGACACCAGCUCAUCCGCCAUACCACCCAGCCCAAGCUGAGCCUCACUGUCCUCCUGCCUCAUCCUCACCAGCACACCCUCGUACACACAUACAGACACACUGCAGCAGCUCGGACCGACAACACUCGGUGGAACUCAUGCCGGCUGCAGAUGAAAGCUGAAGGCACGUUGACUUUUUCGAUCGAAGAAAACAAAGACAUGAACGUGUUGGACCAUUAAGAAUGAUUUCUCGUACUGGUUCUGGUUUGCUAUUUACAACUACAGGCUGGAGCGUGACUGGCAGGAUUUUGAAUCGUCAAGAACAUACAGAGGUUUAUGGUUUCAUUUACUGUUCUUUUCUCACAGCCAGUGUCCAGCCAGUGUCGCAAUGCAGAUCCAGAUGUUUACCCUUUUUAGCAGAAGGGUUUUUUUUGGAAGGGGGGGGGUCAGACUGCCAUUUAUGCCAUUUCUGCAUUUAUGAUGGAAAAAAAUUACUGUCUUUUUGUUAUAAAUGUGACAGCAUAGACAGUUACACCCGCAAGAAAGUUUGUGAACCCUUUGGAACGUCCUGCAUACGUCCAUAAUUGAGACAGUCAAUCUGACAAGUGGGUACCGCACAGCACCAGGGUUGUGGACACUGCCACUGUGUUUUCUGGUUGCACAGGACCCACUGUGACCCUGACCAGGAUUAUGAGUUAUAAAUUAUGACUUAUGUCUAUGAUUAUGAGAUAAAAAUGAAGAAAAAGGUUUACAACAUGUGAUCCAAAACGACUCAUAAUAGUGACUGAAUAAGUAACAGUGCAGUAACAGCGCUGGCAAUUAAGGGUGAAGGGCCUUCCUUACUCAGGGGUCCAAAAGUGGUGACUUGGCAUUUUACCAUUUACAUUUUAACAAUGCUGACAGUAGACCCUCAGGAAACAUCCUAAAAAUAUGCAAAUAUGAAGUGGUUGCUCUAAAUUGCCCCCUAGUGGUUGAGUCGAAUAAGUAAAUAAGUAUAUUGUCAGGCGUACGUCCAUAACGGAGAUGGUCAAUCUGACAAGUGGGUAUCGCACAGCACCAGGGUUGUGGACACUUUGCCACUGUGUUUUCUGGUUGAACAGGACCCACUGUGACCCUGACCAGGAUUAUGAGUUAUAAAUUAUGACUUAUGACUAUGAUUAUGAGAUAAAAAUGACAUGGGGAGAAAAAGGUUUACAACAUGUGAUCCAAAGUGACUCGUAAUAGUGACUGAAUAAGUAACAGUGCAGUAACAGCGCUGGCAAUCAAAGGUUAAGGCCCUCACUUACUCAGGGGUCCAAAAGUGGCAACUUGGCAUUUUACCAUUGACAUUCUAACAUUGCUAACACUAGACCCUCAGGAAAUACCUUGUUCCCACGUCCUAAAAUAUGCAAAUGUGAAUUGCUUGCUCUAAAUUGCCCCCUAGUGGCUGAGUUGUUAAAUAAGUAAAUAAGUAUAUUGUCUUGUGUACGGUCAUGCAGCAGGUUAAGUGGGUACCACACAGCACCACUGUGUUUUCUGGUUAAACAGGACCCACUGUGACCCUGACCAGGAUUAAGAGUUUGAUGAAAUUGACAUGUAGCAGACGCUGUGAUCCAAAGCGACUCAUAAUAAUGACUGAAUACGUAACAGUGCAGGCAAUUAAAGGUUAAGGUUACUUACUUACUCAGGGGUCCAAAAGUGGCAACUUGGCAUUUUACCAUUUACAUUUCUGACACUAGACCCUCAGGAAAUACCUUAUUCCUACAUCCUAAAAAUAUGCAGAUGUGAAUUGCUUGCUCUAAAUUGCCCCCUAGUGGUCGAGUCAUUGAAUAAGUAAUAAGUAUGUAGUCCUGCGACCCUGAUCGGGAUGAAUCCGUUAUCGAAGAUGAUAAUUGUUUAAUGUUGUCAUUGAAAAUACCGUUUAAGUAAAACAGUCCAGGCUGGAAAAUGUAUUUAAAGUCUUGUACAUCGUAACCAGUCGAUGUUUUUUCUUAAUUAGUCUUGCACAACUGUGAGGAGGACGGUUUGACCAUUCUGGCGUCUCUCUUGGUCUGUUUUGGAAACUACUCCAUUCUUGAAUUACUGGUGUUGUGACUUUGAGACCUUAAAACCUCCCUAAAAUGAUGCAUCCUCCACCGUACCUCACAGUUAAGACGAGGUUUUGGUUACAUGCAAUGCAUUUCAAAGCACAGUUGGAAAAUGUAGAUUAAGAAUCGGCAAUUUCACUGAUUAUUACGCAACUCCAGUAAUUUCAAAAGGUUCAUAAACUUUUUUUUAGAUGUAUAUUAAUACAACGGUCAUUCACUUGCUACCCAGUGCAAUGUUUUACUGGUUUUGUUAACCAGUAUGUGAUUGUGUCAUCACCAUGACCAUUACAAGAGUCCGGUUAUCUGGUUCUGUUUCCAUUGGUGCUGGAUGUUUAUUCAUUUAGCCAGUGUUAAACUACAUCUAAUAUCAUCCACUGCUGUGAAACUGUAAACUGGUUUGGUUUUCCUGAGAGAACCUUUGGCUGCCCAGGUCAGGACCUCUGUGAGUGGACACUGCUUACAUUUAAGGUCAAACGGUUACGUUCGCUUGUAAGGGUCGUGCAUGUCAUGGCAGUUUUGGGAUUCCAUUAAACUGGUCAGAAUUAAUCUUAAUUAAAUAAAUACUCAAUAAAAUCACAUUGCUCAUGAAAAGCUGCUGGAACACUGGUGACUCCGUCCACAGUCAAGCAAGCUUUACAUUGUCAUGUUUUACAGACUUGUGUCUAAGGUUGUUGCUUCUUUCUUGCAUGGCAACCUUGUGAUGACACCAUGAUAAUGUAAAGCUUGCUUGACUGUGAGCAGUUUCACCUGUAAUCCUGCAGCCUCUUAUUUUAUUUCAUGUCAAACAGGGUUCUUGGGGCUGAAUAUUCAAUUCGACCAAAUUGCCCCUUGUCAGAAGGCUUUUCUUUGUUUUUUAUGAGUGCAAACUAGUCAAACUAGUCCUAAAGUGUUUAUACGGGCACAGAGAAGUGAUCAGCUGUAGUUAAUCAUUAAUGAUUGAAAUUUUAAGACUGCCCAUGACUUGCUCUUCCCUUACAAGUGUGUGUAUUAGUCUUGACUUUAAGUGUACAUACUUUACCCCAGCGUACUCCCCAUCCCGAAUUAUCUUCACUCCCCCUCCCCUCAGAAACAACAAUUCUUUUUUUCUACUUCAUCAUCAUGUAAGAACUUUUAGCAGUUUGUUUAAUAGACGACAUGAAAUCCAACUCCAGGACUUGAUGACAUUUGUAGUUGGAUGGUAUAAAAACUGAAAAUGGUGCUGAAAGAUUUUCUUUGGUUUUUAUUUUUUUAUUACUCUCGAUGAUGUAAAAUAAGACGAACCAAGUGUUGCUUUCUGGUUUGUUUUUACACUUGCAUUUUCUUUUCUAACGAUAAUUGUUUUAUGAGUUACUGUAACGGUGUAGUUCCUCUCAUUUUAAAUGUUGCUAGUGUAGUCCUGUACUUUGUCCCGGUUCAGACAUUUAGAUCCAGAACCCUGCAAUACAUAUGAAAAAAAACUGCUACGUUUCUCAUCAUGGUUGUAUAUUUUCUCCUUUUUCUUCAAUAAAUUUACUUCUAAAAAAGAAAAA